AUGAAAACUUAAUUGCAAGCAUUGUUGUUUAUGGCUCUAUUUUCUAAUAUAGUUCCUUUAAUUAUUGCAAUAUUAUACUUAAUAUAAGGAGGUGAUAGUUGGGGUGGAUAGCUACCUCAACUUAUAAUGUUCAGUUUUAUUUUUAUGAUUCUUGCAGGAUUAUUUUGCAUAAUAAUUCUAACUAGAGUUUCAUACACACUUGGCUUUAAUAAAAACUACGAUGGCUCAUAAAGCUCGAUAAGAGCAUUGCUAUUUGGAGCCUUAUUGUAUUUAAUAGUUACACUAAUGGGUGGAAUUACGAUUCACUAGUUUACUUCGAGUUCUAAUUAGUCUACCUGCAAAGUAAGCAGAUUAUACAAUCUUUGGGGAAAGGAAGUUUAUGAUGAAGGAUUAUAAGCGUAUAAUAAUUUUUGUCAUUCUUGUUAGUGUAAAAUUAGUUAAAGUGAUUUAUAAUACUAUCCUAAAUCUGUUUUGUAUUCUAUGAACUACUCUACUGUAACUGGGGCUGAAGAUAUUUCACUCUGUAGGCCUGAAGAGGGUAAGUUAGAAACAAGUACCUUCGAAAAGCUUAAACAGAUGGAAAGGACUUAUUCUUGUGCUGGAUUUUGUAAUAAUAAUCCUGCCUUCACAUUUGCUGGAACUUCAAAAGGGAUUCCUACUAACUAGAAUGGAUGUUUUAAAUAAGUACAAUAAGAAUUCGAUAAAAUGAGAGCUGCUUUCCUUUCAGUUAAUAUAAUCUUAUUGUUUUUUAUGAUAUUCUCGUUUUUUGCUUCAAUAAGAUUAAGGAAAAUAAAGAUCAAAGAAAUCCUGAGUGAAAAUGGCUUGUUGUUUUAUGAAUCAGUAAAUAGUGUGAGUAUCAUUGGUGCAAGUAAUAACGACUUCGAUUGGCGUGCACAUGAUGUGAUAUCAAUUAGUGAUUAACAAAGAUCUAAUGACUCAAAUAACAAAAAUAAUAUGUAAUAUAUGAGGACGAAUUAUCAACAUGCCGCAACACCCUCUGAAACUACUUCAAAUUUUAAUUAAUCCUAAUUCUUAGAAAAGUAAGAAACAAAGAAAGAAUAAAUAGAUAAAAUGAAGUCAGUUAGAAAGGCAUUUAGGUCAAUGCACAAUCCUACUAAAUCACUACUUAAAAAAUGA